AUGGAUUACAAUCAAGUUAAAAAUCAUUUUAUAAGCGGCAAUUGCGGUAGCUCAGUGUGGAACAUCAACAAUUUAGCCCUCAUUUCGAUAAACUCAUUCCUACUCUACUCGAUUUUGGUUAAGCGGUGGAAACUGAGCGUACUGGCGCAGAGUUGCGUACUUUUCAUACCACAAUUUCUGGCAGUUACGCUGCUUUACACCCAUCUCACGCUAUUCAACAGCUGUCUCCUCGCUGUCACCGCACUCACCGCGCAAUUUCACCGAAUCCCUCAACAACACACAAAACACACAAAACACGCAAACUCUAUUACAUCAUUUGAUUUUGAUAACCAAUCCCGCUGUAACACUCAGCCACCGUCCCCACUCCCCGUACACUCGUCGCUCCAGAUCCAUUUGACAAACAAAUCCUACAUCACCAACUACCGCGGCUAUCUGUUAUUCUUCACCUUCAUAUCCAUCCUAGCUGUGGACUUUAAUGUGUUCCCAAAAGUCCUGUCGAAAACAGAGUCAUUCGGGACGAGUUUCAUGGAUCUAGGCGUCGGGUCUUUUACAUUGGCUUUUGGCUUAGUGGAUGCUAGAUAUCACCUGCUUGGCAAGUACAACACGCGCAAAGUACUUCCACUUGUCGUUCUAGCCAUGAUGAGGCUGAUAUCCGUCACUGUGACCAACUAUCCACAGCACUACUCGGAGUACGGCACCCACUGGAACUUCUUCCUCACUCUAGCUGCUUUGCCGCUGCUGGCGAAGCCACUGACCAUCCUCAACAUCCAUACGCGCAUUCAGUUCUCGUGGAUGGCCAUCGUCAUUGGCUGUGUGUUUCAGCUGGUACUGGCACUCACAUCUCUGCAGCACUGGUCAUUGAAUGCACCGCGCGCAAAUCUCCUCUCUCAUAACAAGGAGGGUCUAGUGAGCAUAGUGGGAUACCUCUGCAUAUACCUCUUCGGGCUGGACAUUGGUCUCUAUUCACUGCCCCAGCACCCAUACGCCUACUUCCGCAACACGCUCACUAAGCCCGUCCAUGCCGACCAGCGGGGAAAGCUGCUGAGUGUGCUGUUCUCCUAUGCGAUUCUGUACUGGUGUGGAUAUGGCGUAGUGCGUGGAUUGAAUAUGGGCGUCUCGCGCAGAAUCGCCAACCUGCCUUAUGUACUUUGGACAGCAGCGUUCAACACCACUUUCUUGACGCUGUUCGUCCUCAUCGAUCUGGUGCACUUCAAGACGCCUGCGCGCCAGUCGCUCGCUGUACCGGGGAUGAUGGGCGCUAUCAACAGCAAUGCCCUGGCUCUGUUCCUAAUAGCAAAUGUGUUCACGGGACUCGUUAACCUCUCCAUGCAAACCAUCUACGCAGGUACGGUAACGUCGCUAGCUGUGCUCGCCGCAUACACCGUCACUCUUCUCUCGAUAGCGUGGAUCAGUCGGGAGAAGAAGCUGCUGCGGCUUUAA